AUGAUCCUCAAGAAUUCAGUCACUAUUAAUAAUGAAGGUGAUCGUCUGCUUGAUAUUCCAUGCAACGUGUGUGGAGACAGAAGUUCCGGAAAACAUUACGGCAUAUAUAGCUGCGAUGCUAUGGAAACUAUAUCAAGAAUUAAGAAAUUCAGUAAAAUAUCAUUAUAAGUGUCUUAUUGAUUGAUUUAUUCAAUAAUUUGAUUUAUUUUGUAUGUUAUUUGCAUCAAAUAGGCUCCGAUACCACUAGACCGAUUUUAAAAAUUCUUUCACCUACGGGAAGCUACAUCAUACGCGGGUAACAUAGUCCACAAUUUUACUAACAUGAAUGCCGUAAUAAUUUUAAGGUAUAAUAUUUGACUGUCCAGGAUGUUCGGGAUUCUUCAAACGAUCGAUCCACAGGAACCGGGUGUACACGUGCAAAGCGGGUGGGGACAUGAAGGGACGGUGUCCAGUGGACAAGACCCACCGUAA